AUGCCUCGCUGGUCCCUUCCUACCGCCUCCUCUCUGUUCCCCUCGCCCGUGCCCUCUGCAUGCCCUCUCCGGCUUCCCGCGCCCGCUCCGUCCCUUGCGCCAGAGUUCCGCCUUCCGUUCUGCUCUCUUGGCGACUUCCGCCUGCCUCGUACCGCCUCUCCCUCGAUCCUCCUCGCCCCUCUGUCCAUCCCCACUGCACCAACGGCGGUCCGUGCACCUCCCGCUCCUCUCAUCUGCUCAUCUCGCGUCACGGCCGCCUCUCUGGCGAUGGUGAACAGGCGUCCAACUGCUGUCUCUCCGCUCCCUCUGCCUAGUCCGGCCUGGCGAGCGCAUGGUGCUGCUGCGUCUCCCUUGCUGCUGACCGUGCCGCUUCGGCGACGCUGUUUCCGCCUCUCGCCCCCUCUCACCGUGCGGCUGCUACCGUCCUGCCGAAUGCGCAUCGACGCCGCUCCACUCUCCUUGCUCCUGGCGCUCGCCGCGCGGGCGGAACUCGCCCACACGCCCUCCCCCGAGGCGCCGCUCCCUCUCCGCCGAGCGGGACCGCUCCUUCUUCCCCUUGCCGCGCGGAUUCGGCGCCUGCCAUGCUCGAUGGCUCAUCUCUGGCCCGCCCAGCUCCUGCCGUCAGGAGCUCUCCGUGCGCCGCCCUUCCUCGUGGGGAUCGUCUCGACCACGCGAUCCCGGCGGCGGGGCCUCUAA